AUGGCCCCCUCCCUGCAUCCCCUCAUCGACAACGGCCUCACCAAAGGCAAUCCCAAUUUCCCCGGCGGCUCCCUCCACUGCAAAUGCGCCUCUGACCGCGUCACCGUGAAGCUCGCCAGCAACGUCGCCCACAACCACGCCUGCGGCUGCUCCAAGUGCUGGAAGCCCUCCGGCGCCCUGUUCUCCAUCGUCGGCGUGGUCCCUCGCGACGCCGUCUCCGUGACCGCCAACGGCCACAAACUCAAGAUCGUGGACCCCGAGGCCGCGAUCCAGCGUCAUGCCUGCACGAGCUGCGGGGUUCAUCUGAUCGGACGCAUCGAGAAGGAACAUCCCUUUAAGGGAUUGGAUUUCGUGCAUGCCGAGCUUUCGGAUGAGAAGGGGUGGCAGGAACCCCAGUUUGCUGGGUUCGUCAGCUCGAUUAUUGAGCAGGGAUUCAAUCCGAAUGGCAUGGAUGAGGUCCGCGGGAAGUUCAAGAGUGUUGGGCUGGAGACGUAUGACGCGUUGUCGCCGCCUUUGAUGGAUUUGAUUGCCACGUUUAUGGCGAAGAAGGCGGGUAAGUUGCCGGCUUAA